UGGCGCUGCCCAUGAAAAUUUUCGAAUUUGCCAAAAUCGAGCCUGAUGCAAGUUUUUGUACAGACAGUGGUGAUGAUAAUACUGAGAGAGUGCCGGUAGAAAGAAGUGGGCAUCGCAUUGUUGUUGAUGAUGCCAAUCUGUAUUCCUUGGGUGGCUACAACCCACAGUUUUGGAAUGUUCGUAACACCGAAGACACAUACUAUCCAUUAUUUAAAGAGGUGUGGAAAUUUAAUUUUUCCACCCAUAAAUGGACAAAAAUUAAAACACAAGGAUCAAUGCCGCUGGAGUUAGCUUCACACGCAGCCGUUAGAGAUCGUAAAAAUAUGCUGACAUUUGGAGGAACUGGAGUUCCGUUUGGUGAAUCGAGCAGUAAUGAUCUACAUGUAUUAAAUCUUGAAUCGUACAAGUGGCAGCACUACCAGUGCCGCGGUGACCACCCGGAAGAGAAAUACGGACAUGCCAUGUUGUUGAUAGACGACUACCUGUAUGUGUGUGGAGGCACCACAGGGUGGAUAUACAACAUUGAUGUGCACCGCUUGAAUCUCAGAACACUGGUGUGGGAAAAACUGUCGCCAAAAACAGUAUCAGACUGUGACCCUGAUGGCAGGUAUCGACAUGAAAUAGCAAUACACCAGAAUAAACUGUUCAUGUUUGGAGGUGGAACAGCACACGCAGCGUAUGAUUUUCAAGUGGUUCCGGUGUUCAGCUUGGAAAAGAGAAUAUGGGCAUCAGUAAGAACAGUACCAGACAAUAUACACGGUUUUCCUGCCCCAAGACGUUGUCACAGCUGCACACAGUUUGAGAAUGAUGUGUAUGUGUGUGGUGGGAUGGACGGCGAAAAGAUCACUGGUGAUGUGUGGAGACUGUCCCUGGUCACGUUACAGUGGUCCAGGUGCUGUGACAUGUCAGUUCCUGUGUACUUCCACUCGGCAGACCUCACUCCUAGCGGUUGUUUGUAUUCGUUUGGUGGUGUGACGAAAAUCGACGACGUGAGAACCAGUGUAGUUCAGCGGAUGUGGUUGAAGAUCCCAAGUCUUAAGGAACUGAGCUGGAAUGUUUUAUGUGGUCUCAUGCCACAAUUCAGUGAACAAAACAAACAUACUUUAGUGGAUCUUGGGGUCCCCAGUAAUUUCUUGGACCGUAUCAGCUGACCGCAUAGAUAUAUAUUAAGAUGUUUUAAAUUUCUAUGAAUCGCCUGUGAUCAUAUUUGUAAAAUGAAGGAGAAAUGUGGUGCUGAAUCUGUUGCAAAUUGUGUGCAAUAAUUAUAGGAUAUUAAAAGAGCUUCCAUUUCAUAUCAUGUUUAUGUCCUGAGUGAAAUAAUUGUCAAUUGUCACAAGCUUUACCAAGUGAAUAUGAAAAUUAUUUCCCAAGGGACAUAAACAUGAUAUGAAAUGGUAGCGAGUUUAAUAUCCUAUUUAUUACACAUAAUCGAUCUUAAUUUAUAUUAUUCAACUCAUUUGGUUGAUGUUCCUCCAAGGCUGCGCCAAUCAGUGACGUUGAAGUGUUACGUCCCAUUUGGCAUUCUAGUGGUACAUAUCACUUUGGUGUGUACCAUAUUUUUUACCAUAUGGGUAAUAAUUAAAUAUACGCAUGGAGUUUGUGUAUGUAUGUGUUUGUGUGUGUGUGUGUGUGUGUAUUUUAUUUUUAUUGUGUAAGGUGACAAUCUGUCUGUGUGUUUAUGGUUAGCUAUUUUUUAUUCAGAAGCUUUGAGAAUGCUGUGAUAUAAUCAGUUUUAUUUACUAAUUUAAUUGGACUUUUGGUUUGUUAAAAAGAACUAUCCCAGUACAAAAGAUCUCAUUUGAAAUUUUAAAAAAGCAAAACAAAAUAUUUUUAAAACUUAUGCUUUGACUGACAUACUGUUCCCUUGAAAGUUAUAAGUAGCUGGUAUCCAGCAGUACAAAACAAGGUGUGUCUCUUCUUCUUCUUUUUUCCUCUUUUUUUGCAGGUACUGUUUAUUAAGGGUGGGAAAUAUCACUGCUUUACUGCAUAUUUGCAAUACAAAAAUCCUAAUAGGAUAUAUUACAGUACAUUUUUUGAGAUGAUUUUUUACCUUUAUCAGGAAUGUUUGUAAAACAAAUUCCAGAUAUAUAUACUGUGAGACCUCAAUGAUCCGGACCCCAGUAGUCUGGAAACCCCGCCUUAUGGACAGCCAAAAUACAAAACGAACUCUACACUCUAUAAAUGUGUUUGUUAAUCCGGAUAUUCAUCUUCAGGAACCUGACGGCCAUUAUACAAAACAAAGUGUAAUAAAUAAAGACAAUUUUAUUAUUUGCUUCACUUGAUCAGAUCUUACAGUAGAUUGUUUAAGUAGAAACCAAAAUAUAACUUGCACAGUAGGUCCUUUAAUAAUUAGAAACAAAUAUAUAACUUGCACAGUAGGUCCUUUAAUAAUUAGAAACAAAUAUAUAACUUGCACAGUAGGUCCUUUAAUAAUUAGAAACAAAUAUAUAACUUGCACAGUAGGUCUUUUAAUAAUUAGAAACAAAUAUAUAACUUGCACAGUAGGUUCUUUAAUAAUUCGAAACAAAUAUAUAACUUACACCAAGUUAGUUCAGCCAUGGCCAGUAAACACCAUGAACAACUAACACAUGUCAGAAUGGCGCCAAAACGUCUCACACCUAGCUGAGUAUCUUUAAUUGUAGGUCCUAUGUUUGAUAGUUUUUCUUCAGUGUGUGACUCUGAGAGACAUGGUUCACUGAUCUAAGUUAGUGUUUUAUUAACACUUUCAUUGCCGUUAUAAAAUGUAAUUACAGUAAUAAAAUUAAGACCAACAGUCAGUGGUAAAAGGUAAGUAAAUAUUAUUUUUACACUAAUCCCAAGAAGUGUAAAUGUCAAACAAGUACAGCCUUUAAAGAAAACUGUUGAUAUAAAUAAAUUAAAAAUCCAGUUAAGAAAUGACUUAAAAAAUUGAGCUGUCUAUGGUAACUUAAUGAUUGACGAGAGACAGAAAAAUUAUUUCUUAUAAGUUACAUGUAGAAUUAUUUUCUAUCAAUAGGUCUAAUCAGUAUUUUGGGAAUAUAAGUAUAUUUGUUAUACGUUAUUUAUUAUGUUUGUUAAAACUGUAUUUGUUGCUUCAUUUUUAAUGGAUUGCUGUUCAAAGGAAAUAAGUCUUCAGGUACAAUUCAGUACUACAGAAAUUUGAUAAUCCGGACACUUUUAGGAAAAAAACGUACUGUCCGGAUAAUCAGGGUUCCAUUGUAUGUUAAUGCAUAUUUGAUUGUGUUAUUCGGUUAUAUUUGGUAAAUACAUACAAACUGGCUGCUUAUUUUGACAUACACUGUGUAUUGUGUCACAAUAUAUUCAGGGCAGUAAUCAAUGUAAAAACUUGUCUGUUUGUCCUGACAAGUUAAAAUCUGCUCGGACAAGCAAAUUGUACCUCAUUGGAUGUCCAGUGGACAAGUAAAAAUGUUCAAUACAGUUUCAUUUUGAUUAAUCAAAAACAUUAUCCUUGCACUUCAAUACAACAAACCAUUUAUUUGGACAAGUGAAAAUAUUGGAAGACAAGUAUAUUUAUAGAUGUACUUUCCCGGUGGACUAGUAAAAAUUUCUGUUUAUUUCUAACACUGAAUCAUCAUUCCACGUCAAAUCAACCAGUGAUUAGAACCAUGCCAUUUUGUUUAUACUAAAGUCAAGUUUGAAUAAAAGUAUGAAACCACAGCAAUUCUUGUUAAACAUGAGUGGUGCUGAUCAAACAAUGUGGCAUUAACAUUCAUGUUCCUUCCCUCCUCCGCAAUACACUACGGUACACUGCACUAAACCACACUGUGUGGCCAAUCUUUCUUAAUCCAGGGGACUAAUUCACUAAACUCUCGCAACUUUGCGAUCUCGCAGUGCAAUGCUAAAAGACUUGCAAAGAGGAUGCUUUGUUGUCUAGCAGAGCCUAAGAUACCUUUGUGAAUUAGGACCCAGUCUGGCAGUCUUCGACAUAAAAGAUGCAUGCACAGAGCUCACUCUGUCCAUUGCUAAAGUAGCCGUUUGCUAAUUUUUAUAUAAUAGAAAGUGGCUACAACAUUUAUUUGGCUAAUAAACUUUUGUUUAAAUUAGCUACUUUUGAAUAAUUUUCAGGGUAAUACUCUACAAAUGUGAAAAUUGGCUAAAUCAAAAAAAAGAAAAAAGAAUCCAUUGUCAGCCCAGCAUGUAUUUGAGCAAUGUGAUACAUUAUGAGAUUGCAUAUAUGUUUAAACUUUAUUUUUUAUUUUUAAAUUAAAGCAUUGUAAUAAUGUA